CGCCGGGCCGCCGAGGGGCCGCGCUCCGGCCACAGUCGCCGCGGCGCGGAGAUGCUCUCGGGGGCGGCGGUGCGGGGCAGCCCGGCGGCGACCUUCGCCGAGGACGUGCUGCGCGUCUUCGGGAGCAACCGGAGCCUGUCGGCCGGGCAGCUCUCGGCGUUACUGAGCCGGCUGGGCGCCGCGCCCGCGCUGAGCGCCGUGUUGCCGCUGCCCCACCUGCACCACAACCAGUGCCUGACAGGGGAGGAAAUUUUUUCUUUGCAUGGAAUACCAAACAACAGUCACAUAUCAAAUUCAGACUUCUCUACAAUAUGUCCUGCAGUUUUGCAACAGCUAAUUUUUCACCCGUGUGAUCAUGAGGAAAAUUCUGUGGAUGCAUCUAGACCGCAUUCUUUGCAAGUUUGGGGAUUUGGGUUCCUAGCUGUGACUAUCAUUAACUUGGCAUCACUUCUGGGAUUUAUUUUAACUCCUCUAUUAAAGAAGUCUUAUUUCCCUAAGAUUUUAACCUACUUCGUGGGCUUGGCCGUUGGUACUCUCUUUUCUAAUGCAAUUUUCCAGCUCAUUCCGGAGGCGUUUGGUUUUGAUUCCCAUGUAGAUAACUACAUUGAGAAAGCAGUUGCUGUGUUUGGUGGAUUCUAUAUUCUCUUCUUUGUGGAAAGGAUUCUUAAAGUGAUACUAAAGAUCUAUAAUCAGCCUGGCCAUAGCGACUUAGAAAAUGGUGAACAGAAUCAGUCUAAGGAUAAGACUAGUCCCUCCAAACCAGCAUCAUCCAGCAAUGGGGUGACUUGUUAUGCAAAUUCAGCCAUUGUAGAGAGCAAUGGAAAUUUUGGUUUUGACAGCAUCAGUGUUGUCUCAGCACAGGAAGAAGCAGUCCAGAGCAGUUUGUGUAAAUGUCUCGGUGGGCGCCCACUGUCAAAGAUUGGAACCAUUGCUUGGAUGGUAACACUGAGUGAUGCUGUACAUAAUUUCUUAGAUGGUUUGGCAAUCGGUGCUUCUUUCACUUUGUCUCUGUUUCAAGGACUUAGUACCUCCAUAGCCAUCUUGUGUGAAGAGUUUCCUCAUGAGCUGGGGGAUUUUGUCAUCUUGCUCAAUGCUGGAAUGAGUAUUCGACAGGCUCUGUUUUUCAACUUUCUGUCUGCUUGUUCCUGUUACAUUGGGAUGGCUCUUGGUAUAUUAGUAGGCAACAACUUUGCUCCUACCAUCAUUUUUGCUGUAGCUGGUGGAAUGUUCCUGUACAUCUCUCUGGCAGAUAUGUUUCCAGAGAUGAAUGAUAUGCUGAGAGAGAAAGUGACAGGAAGAAAGAUGGAUCUCACAUUCUUCCUUAUUCAGAAUGCUGGUUUACUAACGGGGUUUGCUGCUAUAUUGUUGAUUACCUUGUAUGAAGGAAAUAUUCAGCUGUGAUAAUGCAAGUAAAAAUGGAAUCAGUGCUGAAGACGUCGAGUAAAUUAUGAAUGGAAAACAUUAGAACUCCGUAAUGGGACAUUCGUUUACUCCUCUUGGUUUUGAAACAUUGACAGGUUCCAUUCUCCCCAUUCUAAAUGCAGGAAAUCUUUUUACGGGACUUGCCAUUGAUCCCAAUAGUAGGAUCUGUCAACUUCUGUACUUUAUUAAGGAACUGAUUCUAAUACUUUUAUUUCUGCCUAAAAUUAUCAGAGGAACCUGAGUUGUUAAGGAGAAAAAGGGGGUUACUUGGCCAGUAGAACUAUGCAGUGUAUGCAACUCAGACCAAAUGAAAGCUGAGCUCUUCAAGGAAGAAAAUAAUGCAUUCCCAUAUCCUUUUGUAACUGUGAUGGAAACAAGCAGUUUCAAAGCUGCUUAAUUUUGUGAGUUUUGCUGCAGGAUUUGUCUGUGUAACAUCUCCUUCCACCACCAAAACAAAACUAAAACCAAAAAAGUAACUAUUUCUAAGUAGGUACUAAUGAAGCUAUGAUUUUUAACUGCUAAUAAACACUGGAAGGAAAGAUACCAGUUACUGCUUUUGAUCUUCUCUCUUUGUGUGUGCACUCGGAAAUUGUUGAUUUAUUUUCAGAACCACUUUUUUAAAAAAUUUUAUUUUUAAUUGGAGGGAGCAUGUGUUAAAUUUUCGACAGUUUAUCAACUCCACAACCUUUUAGAAACAUGAGUAUUUAAAAAUAAGCCAAGCAUUUUGUAUUUUAUGAAAAUAGCCUCGUUUUGUAUUUUAUUUCCAUAGAUAUUCCUCUACAAAAAAGUCUAUUUUGAGUUAAAAUUUUGAAAGGAUAUAUUUUUAGUUGCACAAAGUGGAAUUUAGACCAAAAAGAAACCACCCAAAAAAACCCACUCUUGCUAAAAUCAACAUUCUAGGAUGUCUUUUUUGCAAUUUGAAUUGUUUUCUUGUGUGCAGUUUGGUGAAAGUUGUGUUACUAAAAUAUACAAACUUUUAUUACAGUUUGUUGCGUAUGAACCUUAUAAAAUCAUGUUUGUAUGUUUGAGUUCUUCUGAAAUAAACAGUUUAGCUGCGCUGAUGUUGUAAAAUGUAUGUGGGGAAAUUCAUAUUUACCAUUUCAGUCAUCACUAAGUUUUGAAGGAAGUAUUACUAUCAUGUAGUUAGUUACCUUCUACAUUGAUUUUUAGGCAAGUUUUACAGCUUUAAGGAAAAUACAGCUUCUUGGCUUCUUUCCUGCUGGUAGGAAGGGACAAAUCCUUUAUUUUUCAUUUACUAUUAAAAUAUAUUUUCUGUGAAAUAAAUGAUUUAAUAUUUUAUUUGAAUCUGAUCUGUAGUUACAUUAGAAAAAUGACUUUUCUAGGUCCCUGGUUGACUAAAAAUAAACAAAACUCAUCACCAACAAAACCCAACCAUUUUUAUACAGGCAAACUAUGCAGGAAUAGUAAAUGAUACUUAAUUUAAAAUUUGCUAUCAGGUUUAGAAUAUAAUUGUAGUAGAUUUUUGCGUCACAUUAUGCCCUCUGCAUUAUGUCUUUGAAGAAGAGUCAGCCCACUGCAUAUUCUUUCCUGUCUAUUCCUUGCAUAUAAGCUGCUUGCUAAUGCUACUCUUAUGUGUCUCAAGAAUGCUUUAUUAUAACUUUGAGUGUUCAUUGACUUUUAAAAAUCGACCAUUCCUAUUUCAUCAGAUUAUUAUAAUAUAGUGGCAUGGUACUUUUCACCCCUACAUCCAGAAGUUUGCAAAGGAGAUUUGAUUUUUAUCAUCUCACUGGAGAAAAAGAAUUGAGACAAAUGUAUCAUUGAAAUAACCUUCCUUUAGAUCACCGAGCAGAAUAGAGAUGAUUAAACCCUAAUAUUCAGUCUAGUGCAUUAGUCACAAAUGAAAUUGCCUUUUCUGCUUGUGGAAUAUUUCACGGGGAAGAAAGCUUUUUGAUUUCUCUGAAAUCUGUCUGUAUGAACUUUGGUAUUAUGUUUUCUCAGUGUGUAUAAAAUGAAUCUAUUCCAAUUCUAGGCCUGCUAGCAAUUUGCUCAGUUUUGCUGAUACACAAAGUGAGGAAGAAACAUGAGCAAAAAUGGCUGUUUUGUUGCAGAUAAGACUGCAGUAAGUUACUCCUUAAAAGUUUCAAAAAUCAGUUGAGAAAGUUAUUUCAUAUUCUUUUUCACAUCAAUAUGAUCAGUAACACUGUUCAUCUUAUGUCAUCCCUUCAUCCUUUUCAACCGUGGUGCAAAUUCCAUUUUUUUGUGUUUGUUGUCACCAUAGGUCAAAUUAUCUGACUAACAUACACUUGAGAAAACAAUCUGUUAGCACUAAAAUCUCACUGAUACAAAGUUUUUUUCACAGUGUGGUUCAUGACCCAAGACUAACUUCAUUUAGUUGCAUUAAAGUAGGUGGGGGGGAAAACAUACCUAUAAACGACUCUAAAGAGAGAAUAACAAUGCUUUUUGGGACAAUAAAUAUAUAGAGAACAAUAAUGUGGAUGAAAGAUAAAGCUUGGAGAGCUUCUGCUUGCUUGAAGAAGGAACAUGCAGAAAAGUGAAUUUGUAUAUGAGGCAACCUGUCAAAAAUGUGAUAUGUGGUAACUGUCUAUGGUUUCAGGAAAGAUGAAUUGAAAAAUUAAAUUGGUACUUAAAUUUUAGGGUUAUUGCUUUUGACAUUUCAAUGAGAACUUCAGUGAAUAAAGAUUUAGAGCAUCUUUUAAACUGAAAAAUUGUGUUAAAUUUUAAGCUAAAUUAAAUGUCAGCUCUAACCUAAGAGUAGUCUGGAACUACCCUGGAAAUAUUUGCUUUGCUGCUCUUUCAUGUUUUGCAGCUUGCCUGAAGCUUUGUGUUACCUCAGUUGAAAGAUCCAUAAAAGCAGAUCUGCAUAGUUUACAGAUGCAUUGAGCAUACAUAAAUACAUUCAAUUACGCUAAUGAUAGCAAUGUAAAUAUCUCUGCUGUUUGAUGCAUGUAGAGAAUCAAUUGUGUGGUAAUUUCUGUAUUGUCUUUUAGGAAUGUUCUUUUAAAAUCUCUUCUUGAAUAAACCACUGAUUUACCUUUA